AUGGAGUUGUAUAAUUCUUCUGUUGCCUCAAACUUGCAAGUAAAAAAAACCAUGUUUUAUAAAAUAUUUUAUGAAGAGUUUAAUGUAGGAUUUUCUGCGCCAUCCUCUGAUGCUUGCAAUGUGUGUGUGCUGUGGGGAAAUAGAAUCAAAAAUGAAAGAAACAGUGAAAAAAAGCAAAAAUUAAUGGUAGAACUUCGGGUACAUAAGAUAAGGGCCAAGGCAUUUUAUACCCACAUGAAAGGUAAUCCUCCAAACUCCAUUUCACUUUGUUUUGAUCUUCAACAAGUCCAAGCACUUCCAAAAACGCCUAUUCAAGAUGCCUUUUAUUCUAGGCAAAUAAGUCUUUAUAAUUUUUGUGUAGUACCUUUAAAUUCAAAAGAUCCUUGGUUUUAUACUUGGGAUGAAACCAUUGCCAAGCGCGAGCCAACAGAAAUAGGAUCAGCUGUAUAUGAUUAUCUAUCCUCCAUGAACAUUGACAAUAAUGUUGAUACUAUACGUUUAUUUUGUGAUGGCUGUGGAGGCCAAAAUAAAAAUAAUCAUAUCAUACAUUCACUAAUGCAAUGGCUUUACUCCAAAUCACCUGCUCAAGUGAAGGAAAUACAUAUAUUUUUUCCAGUGCGGGGUCACAGUUUUUUGCCCGCCGAUCGCGUUUUUGGACGACUGGAAAAGGAAUUAAGAAAAAUACCAGUGAUCACCACCAAAGAUGGUUACCAUGAUAUCUUCAAAAACCAUGGCAAUGUAAGGUUAUUAGGAAAUGAUUGGCAACUGCUUGAAAUAAAGGAUUUAAAGGAAAAUUUUAAAAAUGUGGAGGGAUUACAAAAAAUAAAAAGAGUCUGGAUAAAAAAAACUGUUAAAAGACAGAUGACUAUCGGUUGUGAAAUAAAAGCUUCCCAAUAUUAUAGAUUUGAUGGAAAUGAUCCUUGGCAGACAUUAUUGAAACGGGGUAAACGUAUUCCACUAACUAUUGAUGUUGCAGAAUCUAUUCCGCAGCCAGUUUCAGAAAAAAAGAAAAAAGAUGUAAUAAAUUUACUUGAAAAACAAUUUGGGGAAGAAUGGACUGCAUUGCCUGAACUUCAAUGGUACACAACUAUUUUGUUACAUGUGACGGAGGAACCAGCUGAGGAACAUGAAUAUGAUUGUGUCUGCAAUGAAGAGGAUGUAGGAGAAGUCCGUGUGUGA